AUGAAUGCCAUGUCGAGCCACGCAUGGACUAACGCGUCCAACCAGGUUGGGGCGGCCCUCGUCCGCCGUCAGCCUUCAUUUCUUGCAGAGGAGGAUUGGAUCAAUGUACCCUGGUCGGCUGGAACGACCAAGAAAGACAUCCUCCACUACCUGUUAGAUUUAACAGUCGAGGUGCCAUCCCUGUUGGCGGAAUACGACGCUUUGGAAGUUACGCGACAGUCCGGGGUCCCUAGUGCGCAUGAGAUCACCGUUAAACAGGCGGCACUGUGGAAUGGGGUUACCAACCUCACGUGCCGGUUCCUCCAGUGGAAGAUCGACUGGGUCGAUGCCUAUCCCGACGGGCCGCCCAAGGAGGUGCCCGCGGAACCCAAUGAACACUUUCCUAUCUUCCGCUGUCGCGAUCUCCGUACCGGUGCCGUCAUCACCCCGACCAAACUUGUCUACCCCAAUUUACGUCUUGCUCAAACGAUGUGCCUAUAUUACACCUCGCGGCUCAUCUUGUCGACGGUCGACACCCGACCGGACGACGAUCGUGUGGGGCCCGCGCAGCAGUAUGCUCUGGGCUGCGGCAUCUGCCGAACUCUCGAGUGGUACAUCUUAACGGCACCAGGCAACAUGAUUAACCGGCUUGCCUUCCCCGUGCGCGUGGCCUGGGAGGUGUUCCCCGACGGCGGACCUGAACGACGAUUCAUCUACGACGUGUUGAAACUAGUGGAGAAGCGCCAUUCGCUCGGUUUAUGGGGAAGUGGGAUGUCGGAGCUAUCGCCUCGGGCCGGAUCACCGCCGAAAGCCUGA